AUGCAGCGGGCAGCUCCUCCCGAAGGAGAGCCAUUCUGCUUCGACUCUGUCCGCGGAGUGAUUGUUCCCAUCGCACCAGCUGUCAAGACCCUUCAUUCUGCAUCUGAAGAGGCCUCAGGAUCGGACUCGGCGAGCCAGUCCGACAGUGAGCAGGCCAGCGAUCAUGGGAGCGAGACCAACAGCAGCUCGGAGACCUCUGAAAGUCAAUCCGAAUCGGAGAGCGAGUCAACGGGCUCGAAAUCUCAGCAGACGCCUCCCGAAACAAAAGAGAAGCCGGCUUCCAAGAAAGAAAGGAUAGCAGACGUCAAAAAGAUGUGGGAAGAAUAUCCCGACGUUUAUGGGGUGCGGAGGUCAAACCGCAGCAGGCAGGAGCCCUCUCGUUUUAAUAUUAAAGAAGAGGUAAGGGGCGAGUCUGAGAGUGAGAGCCCAAAAAGAAGAGGCCAGAAGCAAGCGAAAAAAACAGAGAAGUGGAAGGGCUCCGCCGAUGACGAGGAGGAUGACCAGGAUCAAGGCACCAGUGGGGAAAGCGAGCCGGAGCAGAAGAAGGUGAAAGCCCGCAGGCCUGUCUUGAGGAGAGCUCUGAGUAAGACGGUGGUGAAGAAGGCCCACAAGCCCCAGCGUGGGAAGAGGAGGAGGAAAACAGAGUCGUCGGAGGACGACGAUGAUGACGAUGACGACGAGACCCCAAAGAGGCAGACACGGCGCCGAGCAGCCAAAAAUGUCAGCUACAAGGAGGACGACGAUUUUGAGACAGACUCGGACGACUUGAUCGAAAUGACCGGCGAAGGGGCUGAGGAGCAGCAGGAUAACAGCGAGACAAUUGAGAAAGUGAUGGAUGCGCGAAUGGGCAGGAAGGGAGAACGAUGCUCACUUUCACGUCCCCUCCCCCCAUCAACAGCCAUUGGGGCUUCCACCACGGUCUACACGACGGAAGCCAGCGGCGACCCCUGUGCCAACUUCGAUCCCGAGAAGGAGGAAGGGGAGGCCCAGUACCUGAUCAAGUGGAAGGGCUGGUCAUACAUCCACAGCACGUGGGAGAGCGAGGACUCGCUGCAGCAGCAGAAAGUCAAAGGCCUGAAGAAGCUGGAGAACUUCAAAAAGAAGGAGGAGGAGAUCAAGCAGUGGUUGGCAAAGGUGUCCCCCGAGGAUGUGGAAUACUUUAACUGCCAGCAAGAACUGGUGGCGGAAUUGAACAAGCAGUACCAGAUAGUGGAAAGGGUGAUCGCUGUGAAGACAAGCAAAUCAGCCACCGCCGGUUCUGAAUUUCCAGCCCACAGCCGCAGAUCCUCCUCCAACGAACUGGAAUACCUUUGCAAGUGGAUGGGGCUUCCGUACGCUGAUUGCAGCUGGGAGGACGAGGCCCUGAUCAGCAAGAAGUUCCAGCACUGCAUCGACAGCUUCAACAGCAGAAACAACUCCAAGACCAUGCCCACCCGGGACUGCAAGGUGCUGAAGCAGAGACCCCGGUUCGUGGCCCUGAAGAAGCAGCCGUCGUACAUCGGUGAAGAGAACCUGGAGCUCCGAGAUUACCAGCUGGAAGGCCUGAACUGGCUGGCUCACUCGUGGUGCAAGAACAACAGUGUGAUCCUGGCCGAUGAAAUGGGCCUGGGGAAGACCAUCCAGACGAUCUCCUUCCUCUCCUGCCUCUUCCACCAGCAUCAGCUGUACGGGCCCUUCUUGAUUGUGGUGCCCUUGUCCACCCUGACCUCAUGGCAGAGGGAGUUUGAAAUCUGGGCCCCCGAGAUCAACGUGGUCGUCUACAUCGGAGACCAGAUCAGCAGGAACUCUAUUCGCGAGUAUGAGUGGAUCCACUCUCAGACCAAACGGCUGAAGUUCAACGUGCUCAUCACAACGUACGAGAUCCUCCUGAAGGACAAGGCUGUCCUGGGGAGCAUCAGCUGGGCCUUCCUGGGUGUGGACGAAGCUCAUCGCUUGAAGAACGACGACUCCCUGCUGUACAAGACGUUGAUCGACUUCAAGUCCAACCACCGGCUGCUCAUCACGGGGACUCCGCUUCAGAAUUCCCUGAAAGAGCUCUGGUCCCUGCUGCAUUUUAUCAUGCCAGAGAAGUUUGAGUCCUGGGAAGAUUUUGAAGACGACCAUGGGAAGGGGCGCGAAAAUGGCUACCAGAGCCUCCACAAAGUCCUGGAGCCAUUCCUUCUGCGCAGGGUGAAGAAGGAUGUCGAGAAAUCCCUCCCGGCCAAAGUGGAGCAGAUCCUGCGCGUGGAGAUGUCUGCCCUUCAGAAGCAGUAUUAUAAGUGGAUUCUGACCCGGAAUUACAAAGCCCUUUCGAAGGGGACCCGGGGCAGCACGUCUGGUUUUCUGAACAUCGUGAUGGAGCUGAAGAAGUGCUGUAACCACUGCUAUCUGAUCAAAUCGCCUGAGGAAAACGAGCGGGAGAAUAGCCAGGAGAUGCUCUUGUCUUUAAUCCGAAGCAGCGGGAAGCUCAUUCUUUUGGACAAGCUGCUGACGAGGCUGCGGGAGAGAGGGAACCGCGUCCUCAUCUUCUCCCAGAUGGUGAGGAUGCUGGACAUCUUGGCCGAAUACCUGGCCAUCAAACACUACCCUUUCCAGCGCCUCGACGGCUCGAUCAAAGGCGAGAUCCGAAAGCAGGCGCUGGAUCACUUCAACGCCGAUGGCUCAGAGGAUUUCUGCUUCUUGCUCUCCACACGAGCCGGAGGACUGGGCAUUAACUUGGCCUCCGCCGACACUGUGGUAAUCUUCGACUCGGACUGGAACCCGCAGAAUGACCUGCAGGCCCAGGCGCGGGCUCACCGGAUUGGGCAGAAGAAGCAGGUGAACAUCUACCGCUUGGUGACAAAGGGGACAGUGGAAGAGGAGAUCAUCGAGAGAGCCAAAAAGAAGAUGGUGCUGGACCAUCUUGUGAUACAGCGGAUGGACACCACAGGCCGGACUGUCUUGGACAACAGCUCUGGCCGGUCCAACUCCAACCCUUUCAACAAGGAAGAGCUGACAGCCAUCUUGAAAUUUGGAGCUGAAGACCUUUUCAAGGAAGUCGAAGGGGAAGAAUUGGAGCCGCAGGAAAUGGACAUAGAUGAGAUCUUGCGUCUGGCUGAAACGCGCGAGAACGAAGUGUCCACCAGCGCAACGGACGAGCUUCUCUCGCAAUUUAAGGUGGCAAACUUUUCAACGAUGGAGGAGGAAGAGGCGGAGCUGGAAGAGCGAUCACAGAAGGACUGGGACGAAAUCAUCCCCGAGGGGCAGAGGAAGAAGGUGGAGGAGGAAGAGCGCCAGAAGGAACUGGAGGAGAUAUACAUGCUCCCCAGAAUUCGCAGCUCGGCUAAAAAGGCUCAGGCAAAUGACAGCGACUCAGACAUCGAGAUGAAGAGGAAGUUGCAGAGGUCCUCGGGCUCGGAAAGCGAGACGGAGGACUCGGACGACGAAAAGAGGCCCAAGCGCAGAGGGCGGCCCCGGAGCGUGCGGAAGGACAUGGUGGAAGGGUUCACAGACACAGAAAUCAGGAGGUUCAUCAAGGCCUAUAAGAAGUUUGGAGUUCCCCUGGAACGACUGGAGUGCAUUGCCCGUGAUGCAGAACUGGUAGACAAGUCAGUGGCUGAUUUGAAGCGCUUGGGAGACCUUCUUCAUAACAGCUGCGUUUCAGCCAUGCAAGAGUACGAGGAACACUUGAAGGAGAACCCCACCGAAGGCAAAGGGCCUGGGAAACGGAGGGGCCCCACCAUUAAGAUUUCCGGAGUUCAGGUGAACGUGAAGGCCAUCGUCCAGCACGAAGAGGAGUUUGCCAUGCUGCACCAGGCGAUCCCGGUGGACCUGGAGGAGAGGAAGAAGUUCAGCCUCUCUUGCCGGGCCAAGGCCGUCCAUUUCGACGUCGAUUGGGGCGUGGAGGAUGAUGCCCACCUGCUCCUGGGGGUGUACGAGCAUGGCUACGGGAACUGGGAGCUGAUCAAGUCGGACCCAGAGCUGAAAUUAACAGACAAGAUUUUGCCUGUCGAGCCAGACAAAAAACCCCAGGGGAAGCAGCUCCAGACCCGAGUGGACUACUUGUUGAAACUGCUCAAGAAGGACCUGGAGAAAAAGGACGGCGUGAAGGAGAUAGAGGAGAGCAAACUGAAGAAGAGGAAGCCCCGUGCAAGGAAAGAAAACAAGUCUCCCAAGGGAAAAGAUGAGCACGGGAACGAACUCUCCUCCCCUCGACACUCUGACAACCCCUCAGAAGAGGGUGAAGUCAAGGAGGACGGGUUGGAGACCAGUCCCUUAAAAAAGAAGCCAAAGAAGAAAGAGAAUAAAGAAAACAAAGAAAAACCGGCAACAAGCAGGAAGGAAAAAGAAGGAGAGAAGGAGAAAAGGAAAACGAAAGAUAAGAACAAGCCGAAAGGCGGGGAGGCGAAGGCCAGCGGCAAAGGGAAGAGAGUCCAGGGGCCCGUCCACAUCCUCGCGGGAAGCGAGCCCAUCCCAAUUGGGGAGGACGAAGAGGACAACUUGGACCAGGAAACCUUCAGCGUCUGCAAAGAGCGGAUGCGGCCGGUCAAGAAGGCGCUGAAGCAGCUGGACAAGCCCGACAAGGGGCUGACAGUGCAGGAGCAGCUGGAGCACACUCGGAGCUGCCUGCUGAAGAUUGGCGACCGCAUCUCCGAGUGCCUGCAGGUUUAUUCUGACCAGGAGCACAUCAAGCUGUGGAGAAGAAACCUGUGGAUCUUUGUGUCCAAGUUCACGGAAUUUGAUGCCAGGAAGCUGCACAAGCUGUAUAAGAUGGCUCACAAGAAGCGGUCCCAGGAAGAGGAGCAGGAGCAGAGGAAAAAAGAAGAGGCCGCAGGAGGGAAGAAGCUCUUCCGACAGGAGGCAUCCGGUUCUGGCCGCGAUUCCGUGAUGUCCCAGAUCCCGCACGCCCCCCAUCCUCAGAAGUUCCACCCACCCCCCUCCCACCAUGCCCAGAUGCACGGGCACCAGAGGGACAAUUAUGGCCACCCAAACAAAAGGCACUUCAACAACCCAGACCGGGGCGAGUGGCCGAGGGACCGCAAAUUCAACUACGGUGGCAACGCCAACCAGAUGUGGGGCGGUGAGCGGCACCACCCAUACGAGCAGCACUGGUACAAGGAACACCACUACGGGGACCGCCGGCUGCGCGGGGAGCCCCACCGCAGCUCGGGGAACUACCGGCUGAACAACCUGUCCCGCAAGCGGCCGUACGAGCCAUACAACAGCGACCGAGACCACCGAGGACACCGGGAUUAUUACGAGAGACACCACCACGAUUCCAAGCGGCGGCGGUCUGACGAGUUCAGGGCUCCAAAUUACCACCCGCAAGACUUCCGGAGGAUGUCUGACCACCGGCCUCCCAUUGGCUACCACGGCCAGGGUCCCUCGGACCACUAUCGGUCUUUCCACCCAGACAAAUCAGUGGAUUACAAGCAGCCGGUCCCCCUUCCUCACUCCCAAGUCUCGGACCCUCGCUCCCCUCCAUCCCAGAAGUCCCCACACGAUGCCAAGUCCCCCCUGGAUCAUCGCUCGCCCCUGGAGAGGUCGUUAGAACAGAAGAACAAUCCAGAUUAUAACUGGAGCGCCCGGAAAACAUAG